AUGAAUGAAUUAUUGGCAAUAUUAGUGAUCGUUAUAAUAUGCUGUGCAAUGUUUUUCGCUUGGUUAGCAUCAAUGGCAACUUGUCCUGAUGCAAUUGUUGAUUUUAUCAGUGGUAAAAGACCAUCAGAAUAUUCAUCAUCGUCGAGAAAUAGCAAAGAAUUUGCAAAUCAAGAUCAUGAAAUAAAAGUACUUUCAACAUACACCUCACCGACCUAUUUACAAUUAAAUAAUACAAAAAAGAUAAGCGAAUCGAAAAAAUUAAGUAUUGUCUCUGAAAAGGAUGAACAACUAACGAUUCAGUCAGAUCAGUCAAAUGCCGUUCAAUCAACGUCGCUAACGACUAAUUAA